AUAGGCUACAUUACCAAAGAUGAGUGGAUGACGAGUAUGCAUCAAUUAGGAACCGACUCUAUCCAUUCAUUUAAGCAAAAGCUACCGAUGUUUGAGGCGAGCAUUCAUGAUCCGGAUACAUUGAAAGAAAUCUAUCGUUACACAUUCGGAUACGCAAAGAACAAAGGUCAAAAGUGUAUGGAUGUAGAGGUUGCCUGUGAGAUUUGGAACAUGUUGCUAGCCAAUAGCUUCCCAUUGACUGUCCAGUUUGUCGAUUUUCUGAGGGAAGCAGAUCCUGUUCGAGUUAUAAACAAAGACCAAUGGUCUAACUUUUUCGAAUUUGUGUCGAGUGUAUCUGAUGACUUGAUUGAUUAUGACGAAACAUCUGCAUGUAAGAUAUUAUAUAUA